AUAUUUUGGAACACCUUGCAGAUUUCAUCAGCUUUGGGGUCGUUACAGUUGAUUUCCGAGAGAGGAGAAAUAAAAAAUGAAUAAUUACUAUGUGAAUGUCACGUGUCCGGCUUCGGGGAAAAGUGAUGAGGACGCUGCCUCUAGUGACGACCGGGCAAAGUUGGUAGCGUCUGAAGAGGUCGGGGAGAAACCCACCAUCCACACGGACAGGAAGCUGAAGGGGACGAGGCGGGCGGAUCAGCCGAGAAAAGUGACUGUUAGGUCCGAAGGUCCAAAAAGGGGUGUUGGAAGAUCACGGUACUCCACCACAACACAAAAAGUCACCAGUAGAACGGGAAUCACGCCCCUGCAGAAGAGGCCGGCAAGGACCACCAUGAGUAUUGGGUGCUACCCAGCUGAGUGCCUCCUUUUCCUGUGGAGUUCUUCCCUUUAUGAAGGAAAAGAUGAGCCAGGGCCAGACAGUGCCCAUGGCGGUAAAAGUGGCUCUACCCCAGUCAAGGUGAAGGAGAAAGAUGAAAGGGGUGGAAGGACAUGA